AUGAACACUCGUUUCAGAAAGUUGUCGCCUCUACCACAGAAGCCGUCUGUCAAAUGGCACCUUAUGCAUGAGGAGUACCAUCCGAUUUUUGCACCAGAACGUCGCGAGCAGGUGGAAUAUUGGUACAACAAGACAGCCACAGGCAGACAACGCAAUACAUUUCGUCGCAUAUGCCAGGAGAUGUACACACUAGACCCUGACAAGGAAGAUCCGGUGUACACUGCAGAGUACACCUGCCAAGUGUCAUUUUGUGAGGUAAGGAUGAUGAUCAAACACUAUGGAGCUGUGCUCUCCGAUUUGGGUAAGAGACUGGCCCGCGUGUGGAUUUUGCAUGUCGCUACCCCACGGGAGAAGGAGAACUUUCGCGAGGUGUUUACGGGGGCACAGUCUCUGUUUUGCCCUGUGACAGUUAUGAAGGCCGACUACACACCACCAGACGAGGAUGCAUACAAAGAGAUUGACCGCACCAACUUUCUCUGCUCCGUUGACUGGACCAACUUGGAGGCUCAAGAAAAGAGAAAGCAGGUCCACCAGCAGAGAUACUUCAGCAGGUCCUUAAGCAUCGCGUCGAAUCGGCCGCGUGUGACAAAGCCAAAGAAUCAGUUUGACGGAGUAUCACCACUAGCUACUUUAGGAUAUGCCGGGGACAGUGAAGAAGCCAUAAGUACACUUCGAAAGAAGCUUGAGGAAACCCGUGAAUCGGACCGGUAUUUCACCGUUGAUGGGCACACCGUCUAUAUUGCGGGGGGACCAAAGAAGGCAAACCCCGUCUUCGCCGGCAGCAAAAAGAAUGCCGUUAUAGCAACCGUCUAUGAUGAUUGA